AUGUUGAACCUCCAAGAAUGGCAGAAGCUCCCAAUUGGACUUGGCGAACUCUGCAUCAAUACGACUUUACGAUGUGGACAAUGCUUCCGAUGGCGCAAGUCAGAUGAAGGUGUCUGGUCAAUGGCCCUCCAUGGCCGCAUCCUAGCAUUACAUCAGGACCCUGAAUAUCUCUACUACCGUUCUAUCAUUCCCACAAAAGAAUCGCCAAACUCGAAACUCAAGACCGACGAUGAUACACUACCACUUCUACGACACUACCUCAAUCUUGGCCCCAACUUGACUCAGCUAUACUCCGAGUGGUCCUCGGCCGAUGCAAACUUCAGUCGCAAAGCUCCCAAGUUUACUGGUAUCCGCAUCCUGAAGCAAGAUGCCUGGGAAGCUCUUGUUGGUUUCAUCUGCAGCUCCAACAACAAUAUCGCGCGUAUCUCUCAGAUGAUCGAGAAACUAUGCACAAAUUAUGGCCCAUUGAUUGGACAAUUCGAGAACAAGGACUACUACGAUUUCCCCACCCCGUCUUCAUUGGCCAAACCAGGAGUAGAGCAGAACCUGCGAGAACUGGGGUUCGGGUACCGGGCGAAGUAUCUUUACAAGACGGCUUGCAUGGUUGCAGAAAAAGAAGAUGGAUGGCUAGAUGCGUUACGAAACCCUGAGAGUCCUGUACUCGGCGUAAAGCCAGAGCCAGCUGGCGAGUGGGCAAAUGAAGGAAGAGAAGGAUACAGAAAGGCACAUGAAGAACUGCUUGUACUACAAGGUGUCGGGCCAAAGGUCGCUGAUUGUGUUUGUCUCAUGGGUCUAGGCUGGGGUGAGGCUGUCCCGGUCGACACACAUGUCUGGCAAAUUGCUGUUCGCGACUACAAGUUCGGCAAAGGCAAGCACUCGAGUCUGACCAAGGCCACCUAUGAUGCGGUCGCGAACAAGUUCCGCAGUCUGUGGGGCCAAGAGGCUGGUUGGGCACAUUCGGUGCUUUUCACAGCUGAUCUCAAGGCCUUCUCUGAGAGGCUGGUCGCUAAGACCGAAGUCAAGGCAGAGGUCAAGGACAUCAAGACCGAAGAAGGCAUAGAGACUGUCGUUGAGGAGGAAAAGACUCUGAUCAAAGGCAUCAAGAGAGAGGCUGAAGAGGAAGAACAAAAGUUGGUCGAGACAAAACACAACAUUGUCAAAAAGGCAAAGAGAAGGAAGAAGGCAUCAUAUUGA